AUGACUUCCCCCUACCCUGCUUCCAACUCGAUCUCGCCUUCCGAUCUGCCCGGGGGACAGAACAGAUCUAUCUCUGACUUACCACAAGCCCAAGUGGAUGCCAUAAUCCGCACGAAACGCAAAGCCCGUGAACCAAAAGCUUGCUAUCCAUGCCAUGCGCGCAAAGUAAAAUGCGACAGGAAUCUACCGUGCGAUGGAUGUGUGAAACGCGACCAUGCAGAUCUUUGCUCCUAUGAACGCCCCUCCAAGAAACGAUCUCAAGCUUUCCACGAAAGUCCUGCGGGUGGUACCUCGGUGCCUGCAACAGUGGAUCAGAACACAUUCUAUAACUACGAUGACCAUGCCCGGCAAAUGAAAUUCGAGACUUUUCCGAGCCGAUCCAAUGGAACUAACGCCACCGGCCGAGUAUCGAUUGCACGAGACGAAUGGGAUAAUGUACGCAACCGACUACGGGAGAUGGAGUCGACUAUAUCUUCCCUGCGGAUGGGACUUGAAAGAGCUGAAGAAGGACCCGCUGUAACACUAGAAUCCGGAAGUGUGCAGAGCGGAGAUGUGGGUUCCCGGUCGAAGGGGAACUCACCAGAACGCGAGGGUAUUCAUGCUACAAAUACUCUCGGCCAGGGUACUAUUCAUUUGGGAUCCCGUUCUGUCUUAGCUUACAUAUUGAACAACAAGACGGGGAAUGAUCAGCUCUCUGCUCUUUUGGAGGGAGGAAUUUUACCGAAGUUAGGACUUGACAACGAGUCUGCAACUUAUCCAUUUGUGGAUUUGUGGUCAUCGGACAUGUCAACAUUUGAUAUCAGUGCGGUCUGCAGUGCACUUCCAGCAGAUGACCAAUGCCGAGAAGACAUCUCCGGGGCGAUAUACCCUGUCAUUGAUGAUGUUCUGGGCUUUGAAAAUCACCUCGACUUGCUCAUAUCAAACCGAGCAGCUUCUGGAGGGGUAUAUCGAGAAGAUACAGAUGAAGCACAACACCCAUUCGGAGUGAGCAUUGCUUACUUGGGUCUAUUGUUUGCAGUCCUGGCAUCUGGUUGCCAAUCAUCAGACUUGGGAAGCAAAGAACGAGAACUGACUUCACAGGUCUAUGUAUGCUGUUCCUAUCAAUGCCUCCGUAUGACAAAUUUUCUUUCUCAGCCAACGAUUGAAGCUAUUCAAACGCUUUUGGUGAUCGGCAAUGUACUUUCAUAUAAUAUGAACCCCGGUAUAUCAUAUGUCUUGCUGGGAAUGACUCUUCGCAUGGGGCUGGCUCUUGGUCUUCAUGUGGAGUCAAGCCGAUUUUUGCCAGCUGAGCGGUACCGCCGGCGAUAUGUUUGGUGGUCCAUGGCUUGGCAAGACAGCCAUUUCUCACUUUCCUACGAUCGGCCCUCCACUACCGCCGUCAGCCAGCCUGAUGUUGCAUACCGAGAGGGCUCAAAAGCUGGUGACUUGACAUACUUUGAAACUCUAUGUCGGGUCAUCUCUUUGGCAUUAGAGGUUGUUCGCAUUCGAAUGCUGAGUCCUCAUGCACAGAUCUCGUUUGAUAACAUUCAAAGCUACAAGGAGAGAAUCCAGAACAUCUUGAUUGAAGCAAAGCCCCAUUUACGGGACGCAAAGUGGUGCUCUACCCUGACGGAACAUCUCGAGCGGGUUGUCUUGAAAUUACACUCGUCAUACUUUUCUUCUGAGCUCUGCCGGCCAGCGCUCAAACCAACGAUUGAUCCCAAUGACUCGGAUACCGCCAGUAUGCGCAGAGACUGCGUGACUAACCUCAUGAUCACUGUGGAAGCCUACAUUGAAUUACACAAUGUCAGCAAACAUGCUGCUCGAUCGUGGAUUGCAUUGCAACGAGCCAUCAGUUCUGCAUUUUUGCUCGCCGUCGUUGAGGAAGCAAAGUCUGAGCCCAAGGAUCAUAUGAUCCAAUCACGGGCGCACCAAACCCCCCCAAACUACGGUGCACCCAAUAUCGAUGCUUCUUCCCCUGCCAAUAUCCCUGAAACCCAGACCCAAUGGGCGAAAUCUUUGGCAAAAACCCAUCGUGCCCUUCAAAAGCUUCUUGCUGCAUUCGGAAACCAAAGCUCGCGCUCUGGUAGUGGUCGUAGCCCCGCAUAUUUGACUCAACAUAAUCACAAUCCGGCCACUGUCAACAUGGGCGCGUAUGCUGCCCCUGGCUCGGCCAGUAUGACCCCCAGUGUUGGCUCCCUUCCACCACCGACUCCCGAAAGCUCGGGCAGUGGAGAAUGGUCACUGCCUAACAUCAUUGACCGCGCACAAGAAUACAUUCAUCCGCCAUUAUGGGGCUAG